GGUAGCCAAUUCAACAGAAAGGUAAAAGCCCCAUACAGGAAGAAUGGAGUGUGGCAAAUCGUCAGAACAUUCGUCACAUAGUGCCUCCGAGGCAUCGGCGGACUCUGGGAGCUUGCUAAAUAGCGAUCUCACAAUGGCGGGACGCGAACUUACACUAACGCCCACAAAGCGGGAACGACGCAAAUCGCCAGGUACCAGCUCUGAUAACACAAGCACCAGCGUACAGGCUCCAAUGUCGCCGACGUCCUCGCUGGCGGACACAACGUUCGAGCCCACCAUUGACAUGAUGGUGAAUGACUUUGACGAUGAGGCCACAUUGAACGAGGAAGAGGCGCUGGCCAAUUUGGAGGCACACAAUCCGGAUGACGAGAUUGCCACGCUCAGGGAGGAGAGUGAAAUGCCCAUUGAGGAGCUGCUGGCCAAAUACAGUAUGGCACCCUCGCCCGCUGCCAGCAGCUCGAAGCGAUCGAGCGGCGGCUCAAGGCGGCGACGAGCCACCAAGCGGCAGUACCAGGAGCUAGACACAGAAACUGCCCACGCAUCCACAUCCUGCGCCGCUGCAGCACAGCAGGACAAAGUCGAUGAUUUCCUUGAGCAGCCGCAGGACCCAGGUGUUGACCCUUCGGAAGAGAACACAUCGUCUAGCUCUCAGCGAAAUAAGAGUCCCAUGGAGACAGAUGAACCGCAGGCUAUUUUACCGCCCGAUGUCGCAAAAAAACAGCACCGCUCUCAUUUACUGGAUUUGUAUCCAGAUGAGUCCUUCGGAGCAAGUUCGCCCCUAAUCGGACCCCUGGAAGAACUCGAAAGAUUCACGCCGCUUCAGGAGCUCUUCGAAGAAGUUGAAGCUUACGACGACGAAGAGUCGGAUAACGAAUCUGAUGACGCGAGGAAGAUUAUCAUGGUUGGAGUGAACUACCAAGCUGAUAUUCCCGAUGGUCUCUCACAGUAUGGAGAUAUAUUGCCGUACGAGAAUGAAGAUCUGUUAAUAUGGGAGCCGAGUCAAGUCUCAGAACGGGAAGUGGAGGAAUAUCUGGCAAAGAUCCAAGAGACCCGAGCCUUGCCACCGUUAGAAGAGGGAGUGGAAGUUGUGGCAACUGACGAGCAGCCCGUAGCUUUACCCGCCCCGUUAGCUCCGCCAAGAGUUCUGCCAGCGCCAAAUGUUGCCAGCGACGGCGAGUCUCUGUCCGUGGUAAAGGACAACGAGCAGGCCCUGCAUUUACUGGUCCAGUGUGGCUAUGACUUCAAUGAGGCCCUGCGGCGUAAACGAUUGAAUGUGCUGCCCCUGAGCGACACCAUGAGCAGCUGGUCGGAGGAGGAGUGCCUCAAGUUUGAGGAGGGCAUACAUAAGUACGGCAAGGACUUUUAUCAGAUACGCCAGAAUCAGGUGCGCACAAGAACCAUGCGCGAACUGGUCCAGUUUUAUUACCUGUGGAAGAAGAGCGAGCGCCGCGACCAGAGCUUUGCCCUGAAUGAUACCAUCGAUCACAUGGAUGCAUUCCUUAACGAAGCGGGUACUGGCAACGGAAACGGCAAUGGCAAUGGAAGCGGGAACGGGAACAGCAACGGCAGCUGCUCCCCACACAGCAGCAACGGGCACAGCAAUGGGGAGCACGCAAUGGAUAAAGAUAGCACUACCACUUGCCCCCGAAAGCCAUCGUCGAAGAGCUACUCCAUUAUGACUGGUGGCCAGCCGGCGAGCGGUGCUGCUGGUACUGCAAGUAGCAAACGUGGAACGCCCGCACCCAUGACCCAGGAAGACGAAGAAGAUAAUGAGAACGAAGAAAACCAGGUUACCAUCUAAGUGACAUAUGUACAUAUAUAGACUUAUGCGUGGAAAGUUCUAGGAAAAAUCGGCAGCUACCAUAGGAACAGGCUCCGACAUGAGCGCAGGCGCUUUCGUCUGGAACAGGCAGGGCAGAGAAAGGCGUAGUACUAAGCAAAAAGUAAUCCAUUACCGUACGUUUAUGUACAUCCAGUACGUGUAGGAUACAAUAUAUACAUAUAUUAUUCCAGAUUCUUAAAACGAUAUUUCUCAUAACUAUUAAUAUAAUGUUAAGCGCAUAUGAAUGUCUAUUUGUUACAAGUCCUAAUAGAUUCCGGAGUCGAGUACUUAUGGCUUAUUAUAUACGUACAUAUGUACUCGUAUGUAUACAAUAUUUGUAUUUUCGCUCAAUCCUUAAGUUUCGUUGAAUGUGUCAAUAAAUGUAAUCUAAAUGUC